AGCCGAAUACGGUCACACCGAGGAAAGUGCAUUAUUUCAUUCCCAUCAUUUUCCGAUGAAAAUGGACGCCGACAGCAGUUGUGGAUCUGAUCAUCGAGAUUCCCGUGGCACCAGGUCGCGAUCCCGGCGAGAAAGAGAACAUGGGCGAAGAAGCGAGAGGGACAGCAAAAAGAAGGAGCACAAGGUUCCCUAUUUUGCGGACGAGGUUCGGGAACAGGAUCGGGUGAGAAGGCUGCGCCAAAGAUCGCCCAGAUCCUCUAGACGCACUCGCUCCAGAUCCAAGUCUUCCGAGAGAAGGCAUCGCCAUCGCUCUAGGAGCCGCAACCGCAGCCGAAGUCGCAGCAGUGAACGGAGACGCCGCCAAAGGAGUCCUCAUCGGUAUAAUCCGCCUCCAAAGAUCAUCAACUACUAUUUGCAAGUUCCACCCCAGGAUUUCUACGGAAUGUCUGCCAUGCAGCAAAGAUAUGGAUACCAACGGCUACCACAUCCUCCGCCGUUUCCACCUGCCCCCUACAGAUUUCGCCAGCGACAGCCGUUCAUGGGAGCUCCGCGGUUUGGCUACAGAAACGCGUGGCGCCCCCCAUAUUAAACAGACGCCAUUCGUCAUAAUUACAAAUUUAUUUACAUUCGUGUGUUUUGUACAUUAAAAUAAUAAAUACAUAUAUAUUUCAAACUAAA